AAAUAUCCUGCACAAAAGAUUGUAAAAAAUUACAGAGAUAAACAAAGGGCCAUAAACACAGAGUGGAGAGCCCAAAAAAAUGGGGUACGAGGGGAAAGAGAGCGGCCAUGAAGAGGGCGUGAUGGCAACAGAUUUCUUCUGGUCGUACACAGACGAGCCGCACGCUUCCCGGCGGCGACAGAUCCUCUCUCAGUACCCUCAAAUCAGGCAGCUCUUUGGCCCCGACCCCUUUGCUUUCCUCAAGAUAGCCGCAGUUGUACUUCUCCAGCUAUGGACCGCGACUUACCUCCACAACGCCUCAUGGACAAAAAUCCUAAUCAUUGCCUACUUUUUCGGUUCCUUCCUCAACCAUAACCUUUUCCUCGCCAUUCACGAGCUCAGCCACAACCUAGCUUUCUCGACCCCAAUCUACAACCGAUGGCUCGGAAUUUUCGCUAACCUCCCCAUAGGCGUGCCCAUGUCCGUCACUUUCCAAAAAUACCACCUCGAGCACCACAGAUUCCAAGGAGUAGACGGUGUAGACAUGGAUGUCCCGAGCCUAACCGAGACCAAACUCGUCAAAAACAUAUUCACGAAAUCCAUAUGGGUCCUUUUUCAACUCUUCUUUUACGCUCUACGGCCCCUUUUUCUAAAACCGAAGCCACCUGGCAUUUGGGAGUUUGUUAAUUUGUUUAUUCAGGUUGGGUUAGAUGCUGGCAUGGUUUAUUUAUGGGGAUGGAAGUCUCUCGGUUACUUGAUUUUGUCCACUUUUGUUGGGGGAGGAAUGCACCCGAUGGCAGGUCACUUUAUUUCGGAACACUAUGUGUUUAAUUCGGAACAGGAGACUUAUUCGUAUUACGGGCCUUUGAAUCUGAUGACGUGGAGCGUGGGUUACCAUAAUGAGCACCAUGAUUUCCCGAGGAUUCCAGGCAGUAGGCUUCAUAAGGUGAAGGAGAUUGCGCCCGAGUAUUAUAAUAGUUUGGAUUCGUACAGGUCUUGGAGCCAGGUGAUAUAUGCGUAUAUUAUGGAUAGGACAGUGGGGCCCUUUAGCAGGAUGAAGAGGAGCUUGUCCACAAAGUCCAUGAAUAAAUUGGAGUAGGUGAUGGAUCUUUUUUUUUUUUUUUUUGGGUUUUACUCAUUCUUUUGUGUUGGCUAGUUUUGAUUAGGUUUUGUUUGAUUUCUCACUGUUUUUGUUACAGAGGAUUAGUUGAACAUGGGAUUUGAUAAGUUGAUCUGAGAAAUGUGUCAUCCCUUAUUUAUUUAUUAUUCAAUUGUAUUAGAAAUUUCUUCUUUUAGAUAUAGCUGUUCUAUUUUUCCUUCUUGAUUAUCU